CACAUCACUAGUCGCGUUGAACUGAACUGCAGCUCUCUGGACUGACCCGGACCGGGAUGCUGUAAUAUGGACGUGAAUGUGUCUCUGGGGAAGCAGCAGGCGGACCGGGAGCUCCGCCGGUGACGGUGCCGGGAAGCUGGGCGUGCUGUGCUCCUUGUGCUCCCCGCUGCUGGCCGUGCUGUCCCUGCUCCGGUGGCUCUUCUGCCAGCUGUGGAGCCGCAUCACGGUCGCUGUCAGAGCCGAGCCCCGAGCCGCCGAAGAGCCUGGCGGCGCGGAGCGGCAGGGCGGCAGCGGCGGGAGCCCGGAGCGAGGCGAGCGGGUCCGGACCCACCACGGGCGGGCCUUCGAGUUCAUCUCUGCGGCGCUGAGGGUCGAUGAGGAUGAGCAAGGUGACAAGCAGCCGGCGGUCGUCUGGUACCAGCGAGGGAUCGGCGAGCUGGAGAAAGGAAUCUCCAUCCAGAUCUCAGGAAGCGGAGAGAAAUAUGAGCGCGACAUGCGGCUGCAGAACAAGAUGACAACCAACCUGCUCAUGGCCAAAGACCGACUGCACUCUAUAGUCUCAGGGUCCAGAGCUCAGACGGAUCUUUACACUGACGGCUCUUACUCUGCCCACCAGCACUCAGCAGGUGGCCCUGCCUCCAGAAAGCGAGUCGCUGUGAAUCCAUCCGGACGACCAACGCUUCUCCCAAAGAAGACUACCUCUUCUUCCUCCUUCUCGUCUUCGUCAGGCCUCCAUCCCUCCUCCCACCUCGGCUCACAGCGCCCCCCCCGCCCAAGUAACAGUAAGGGUCGAACGAGUCGACGCGGCGUUAAAGUCGUUUCCCCGACGUCGACGUCGCUGAAGAAGAAAGACACGAAGAACCUGAAAAACAUAGAUGGGAAGCUCGCCAGCCUCAUCCUCAGCGAGAUCGUGGACAGCGGGUCAUCGGUGAAGUUUGAAGACGUUGCCGGUCAGGAUUUGGCGAAGCAGGCGCUGCAGGAGAUCGUUAUCCUGCCGGCACUGAGGCCAGAGCUGUUUACAGGACUGCGUACUCCGGCCAGAGGACUUCUUCUGUUCGGCCCGCCAGGAAACGGAAAGACGAUGCUGGCUAAAGCUGUAGCAGCUGAGUCCAACGCCACCUUCUUCAACAUCAGCGCCGCCAGCUUAACCUCCAAAUACGUGGGUGAAGGUGAGAAGUUGGUCCGAGCGCUGUUCUCUGUGGCCCGAGAGCUGCAGCCCUCCAUCAUCUUCAUCGAUGAAGUGGACAGUCUGCUGUGUGAGCGCCGGGAGGGCGAGCACGACGCCAGCCGGCGCCUCAAGACCGAGUUCCUCAUCGAGUUUGACGGGGUCCAGUCUGGAGGGGAUGAUCGGGUUCUGGUGAUGGGAGCCACCAACAGACCUCAGGAGCUGGACGAGGCUGUUCUCAGGCGUUUUGCUAAACGUGUGUACGUCGCUCUACCAGUCGAGGAGACUCGCUUCAAGCUGCUGAAGAACCUGUUGGGGAAACACAGCAGCCCGCUGACACAGCGAGAGCUGAGCCAGCUGGCCAGAAUGACAGAGGGCUACUCCGGCAGUGACCUCACCUCAUUGGCUAAAGACGCCUCCCUGGGACCAAUCAGAGAGUUGCGUCCAGAACAAGUGAGGAACAUGGAGGCCAGCGAGGUCCGAAACAUUUGCUUCAGAGACUUUGUGGCGAGUCUGCACAAGAUCAAGAGGAGCGUCGGCCCUCAGACUCUGCAGCUUUAUGUCCGCUGGAACAGAGACUACGGAGACACCGCGGCUCUAUGAACUACAAAUAUCUUCCACCGACAACAACACAGCGUUUUAUCUACUUUUGCACGAAUGUUUCAGAAUAAAUAAUCCUCAUUUGUUUUGUUUUGACUGAUGUCCACAGACGUCUUCUUUCAAUGAGCUGUUUGUAGUGAUGAGGAUUCUGUAUUUAAGUCUUUGUGUUGGAUUUGAUAAAUUUGUAUUAUUUUAUUAAAGGAAUAUUUAAGUGA